AUGCUUCAGGAAAAUCCUCCUUCAAGAUAUUUACCAAGACUUGCCCACCCAGAAGACUCCCAAGAAACCAAUACAGCUGUAAGCUAUGUUUUGGGGGAUCAGGAAAACGCAGGACACAUUCCAGGGGACAACAGUGACAGCUUUGCUUCCUCCGGCAACUUGCCAGCAAACCCCGCCUCCCAGCAGCAUCACCUGGCACAUCUGAGGAUGCUGAUGGCCAUGCAGAAGGCCGAGUACGAAUCUAAAAUUGCAAGCCUGGAGCAACAGCACAGGGAGCUGCAGUCCAAGAUUAAGGAUAUGCAUUGGAAACUGGGGCAGCAGCGAAAGUGGUACGGCCUCGUGGAGAUGAAGAUGCGAAACGCAGAGAGAGCAAAGGAAGAUGCAGAGAGAAGAAAUGAAAUGCUCCAAAAAGAAAUGGAGGAGUUUUUUGAAACCUUUGGGGAAAUUAACAGAUGGAAGUAAACAGGAAUGUGAUCAUUUUCAAAUUGAGCUGAACUGUAGGAGAGAGACAGAUCACAUCCCGAU